AUGAGAGUCCUUUUAUGUUAUGCUAGUAUUUUAUUUGCCUCAGUUCUUCAAUCGAGGGCUAUAAAACAUAAUACUCUCACUUCCACCAUUCCUUCAUAUAUUGAAAUUGGUGACAAUGUUUCUAAUCAAAUUAGUGAAGCAUGGAAAAGUCAUGUAGAUUCAUUUAUCGAAGUUGUCUCUGAGAAAAUUGUUGACAAAUUCGAGAAAGAUAUAGAGAAUGAUAAUGUUCCAUAUAAUUUAUUAGCCCUUCUUGAGAAUGACGCUGAAAUAUUUGAUAUCGAUAAAUACGAAAGACAGGAUUUAGCAUUUGUUCAAGAUGCAUUCAUUAGAAAAUUAAGAGAAAAAUUCAACAAUAGCAAAUUUGGACAGAAAGUAAAAAAAUUUGGAUCACAUAUUAAGCAAAAACUUACAAACCUUUAUAAGAAACACAAAGAAAAGAUUAAACAUUUUUUAAAAAUCAUGCUCAGCAGUUUAGUUAUACCUAUAGCAUUUAAUUAUAUAAAGAGACAUCUAAAUGCAUGGAAAAAGAAAACAUUGGAAGCUACAAAUAAACUCAAUGACGAAACUAAAAGUGUAGCUACUCCAAUUAUUACUGCUAUAUAUGAUAAAUUUGGAGAAAGAAUUGACAGUUAUGUUAAGGAAAAUAGUAUAGAUAUAUCAAAAGAAUUAGACGUACUUACUGAUUUACAAAAAGAAAAAAAAGAAAUCGAAAAAAUCGAACAACAAGAGAAACAACUAGUAGACCAAUAA